CGUCACAUUACCCAGACUCCACUGCAACUUUCCAAGCGAACCGAGAUGGCGUCUAGGGCACCAGCUGCAACCGGCAGGCUCCUGGUGGGCUUCAGGAAAUGGUACUACAAUGCAUGUGGUUUUAACAAACUUGGUUUGCUGCGGGAUGAUACCAUCAAUGAGGACACUGAUGUGAAAGAGGCCAUUCGUCGGCUCCCAGAACCAGUUUACAAUGACAGGAUGUUCCGCAUCAAGAGAGCUCUGGAUCUUUCAAUGAAACAACAGAUACUUCCUAAAGACCAAUGGACUAAAUAUGAAGAGGAUGUGCAUUACCUAGAGCCCUAUCUUGAUGAGGUGAUCCAUGAAAGGAAAGAAAGAGAGGAGUGGCAAAAGAAGUGAUGAGGCUGAACCUCCUGUUUGGUGUGAUGUCUGCUAUCCUGUAUUUAAUUGAAAAUGUAUUGUGUUAAGUCCUUAUUAAAAUUUCCUUUCUGACAAAA